AUGCGGUUAGUAAUUCUUGCAGGUGUAUUUCUGCUCACCUCCGCAAUGGCCGGGUGUCAGGAUUACGACAGUCAAAGGGAUAUGAGCAAGCAGGUCGUGAACAGUCCUGAAGCUGUUGCUCCUGGGCCCAAUGAAGGUACGGGAAUUGUAAGAAUCAGCCCCGAAAAUGAGCCACAGAAUGCCCCACCGCAAGCCCCCGCUACGAUGGCCAGGCUACCCCGAUCCCUCUCUAACGACAACAAAACAUUUCCCUCUGAAGAAGCUAAACCAAAUGAUUUUGAGAGGACCAAAGUCGGGAUCUGCAAGCUCAGCAGCACCCCAGUGCAAGCCAACUCUACCCUCCGGAGGGAAUCUGUGGACACCUUUCCAUGCAAGCACACCCCUGGGGCCACCGGGCAAGCUGCUAUCCCUCACUGCAAAAUUCCCGCCUUGCAAAGCACAGACGGGGACGCAAAUCUAAACCUUGGUAAGAGCACACUGGAGCAAAACAACGCCAAAGGCACCUGGGUGACCUUGAGCCAGAGCACCGUGGUACUGGGCACGGAUGGCAACACUUCUGUUCUUCCUGGCAGAGUGGAGGGGGAAGACGAUGUAGGGGAUGAAAAUAAAGCCCGAGGGAACUGGUCUAGCAAGCUGGAUUUCAUCCUCUCCAUGGUGGGUUAUGCAGUGGGGCUGGGCAAUGUCUGGAGGUUCCCGUACCUGGCCUUUAAGAAUGGGGGAGGUGCGUUCCUCAUCCCCUAUUUGAUGAUGCUGGCUCUGGCCUGGAUCCCCAUUUUCUUCCUGGAAGUCUCCCUGGGGCAGUUUGCCAGCCAGGGGCCCGUGUCCGUCUGGAAAGCCAUCCCCGCCUUGCAAGAUUCUUGCAUUAUUGGUGACCACCCAAAAAUACAAAUCAAGAACUCUACUUUCUGUAUGAGUGCCUAUCCAAACCUGACCAUGGUUAACUUCACCAGUGAAGGAAACAAAACGUUUGUCAGUGGAAGUGAAGAAUACUUCAAGUACUUUGUAUUGAAGAUUUCAGCAGGGAUUGAAUAUCCUGGUGAGAUUAGAUGGCCCUUGGCACUGUCUCUUUUCCUAGCUUGGGUGAUUGUAUAUGCCUCCCUUGCUAAAGGAAUCAAGUCAUCGGGAAAAGUGGUGUACUUCACAGCUACGUUCCCCUAUGUAGUUCUCAUCAUCCUUCUCAUAAGAGGAGUAACUCUACCUGGAGCUGGAGCUGGAAUCUGGUACUUCAUCACACCAAAGUGGGAGAAGCUAAUUGAUGCUAUGGUUUGGAAGGAUGCUGCCACUCAGAUUUUUUUCUCCUUAUCUGCAGCAUGGGGAGGUCUAAUUACUCUCUCUUCUUACAACAAAUUCCAUAAUAAUUGCUACAGGGACACAUUGAUAGUCACGUGUACCAACAGUGCCACAAGUAUAUUUGCAGGCUUUGUCAUCUUCUCAGUUAUUGGCUUCAUGGCAAAUGAGCUCAAAGUGAAUAUUGAAGCUGUGGCAGACCAAGGUCCUGGAAUUGCUUUUGUGGUUUACCCAGAAGCCUUAACCAGGCUUCCCCUCUCUCCGUUCUGGGCUAUAAUAUUCUUUCUGAUGCUUCUGACACUUGGAUUGGACACUAUGUUUGCCACUAUCGAGACUAUAGUGACCUCUGUUUCGGAUGAGUUCCCCAAAUACUUACGUACGCACAAGGCACUGUUCACUCUUGGGUGCUGCAUCUCCUUUUUCAUCAUGGGAUUUCCUAUGAUCACUCAGGGUGGAAUGUAUAUGUUACAGCUUGUGGACACUUACGCAGCUUCUUAUUCUCUUGUCAUCAUUGCCAUCUUUGAGCUUGUUGGAGUUUCCUAUAUAUAUGGAUUGCAAAGGUUUUGUGAAGAUAUAGAGAUGAUGAUUGGAUUCCAGCCAAGUAAAUUCUGGAGAGUCUGCUGGGCCUUUGUGACCCCAACUAUUUUAACAUUUAUUCUUUGCUUCAGUUUUUACCAAUGGGAACCAAUGACUUAUGGAGCUUACCACUAUCCGGGCUGGUCCAUGGUGCUUGGAUGGCUGAUGCUGGCCUGCUCAGUUAUCUGGAUCCCAGUUAUGUUUGUGAUAAAAAUGCAUCUGGCCCCAGGCAAAUUUAUUGAGCGACUCAAGUUGGUGUGCUCUCCGCAGCCGGACUGGGGUCCGUUUUUGGCCAAGCACCGUGGUGAACGUUACAUGAAUAUGAUUGAUCCACUGGGUACCUCUUCCCUGGGACUUAAACUGCCAGUGAAGGAUAUAGAACUGGGGACCCAAUGCUAA